AUGGGGAUAAUAAUUAGUCAAAUUCCUCGCGUUUCUUCGGAGUGUACAAUUCCGAUAGUUCUAAGAAAUACAUGGUUUUCUUUUGAGAAUGGCCAACAAACUAUUACUGAUAUAAAUGCUAGUGAAAUGACUGGAAGAGGGGUCUGUGUUAACAUAAAAGCUGACUACCAUGUCAAUUAUACAAUGGUGUUCCGUUAUACCAAUUGUUACUACUGUGUGAAGUUGAUAGCUCGCACUGUAAAUGUACUAGAAAAGAUUGAGACUCCUUGUGUUGACUUGGCUCCUGAUGAAGAACCAACUGUUGAGAGAGUUUGCCGCAGUCUUAUACCUGAUCAGCAAUUUAUCACAUUAUUUUCAGAAAAUUCUGUUCCUGUCAAUUGCCGUUCAUCAUUAGAGGGAGUGUGGCAUUUUGCUUACCAGAAUAGAUUUAGAUUCACUGGUGAAUGUAAUCACCCUGAUAAUCAAAUUAAGAGUUGUCAAACAGCUGGAACACAGUUUCUGAUUACUAAUCAAAAGUUCAAUAUAACAUACAGGAAAUGUUCUGGAAUGUCUGGUACUUUUGAUGGUGUUGUUGAAUAUAGUUGCUUAGGACAUUGGUUUGUUGAUAAAAAUCAUUUCUUUGCUGUGGCCAAUACCAAAGAGUCUCGUAAGGAUGAGAGGUACCGAUGUUUCCUGAAGAACAGAGAUGACGAUUUGUAUAUUGGUGCCUCUAUUACACCUCAGUGCAGCACAUUGAAAACUGUUGAGAAAUCUCCAGAAAGAUACCGAAUUACCCCUGUUAAGUCUGAAGUAGUGGAGCCGGGAUGUCGAUUACCACAAAAUUUUUCUGGAGAUUGGAUUAACACAGCUAACAUAGAUGCCGAUGUAUUCAUCAACGAAACUCAUAUUAUCGAAACGUACUAUCCGGAUGAAGGGCGAUACAGGCGAACUAUUUAUGUUUGCAGAGAACAACGUGAUACAAGAGUUAUGAUGGCUCGACUGACUGUUGAUGGAUGUCAGAAAGAUUACGUUUGCUUUGAUUUCGUGCCUCAGCAUCACAACGUUAUAAGGUUUCGAAAAGGCUUAGCCAUGAUUCAGAGCAACUUCCAUACGGUUUGCUCAUGGGUACAAUUUCAAAACAAAGAGCAGUGGCGUUAUGACAUAUUUCUCAAAAAGGAUCCAACACCUAUUCGUUGUCCUGUAGCUGGUAAAUUUAAUUUCACACAAAGGGGAGAUGUGAGAGAGCAGAUCUUAACAGGGUGU